GCUCUACUCACGGUCGGGGCACUUUCGCGUUUUCUUUCCAUUCGUGACUGUGAUUAGCAGGCAAGCACGGCUGGACCGUGCUGGGAAGUGGUACAUCUCCCUUCGUGUAUAUAACGAACCGCAAACCCGGCGGAAGAUGCUCAUUCGGCAAGUAAAACGUGUACUAAUUGCGGCCACAUCUGUUUGCAGCCAUUCGACAGCUAAUAGCAGCAGCAGUAGUGUUCGUAGCGUACGUCCAAUCUCCGCAUACAGGCAGUACAGCAGCUUGCUGCGGCCGGAAGUCGUUUCCCAACAACACCAACAGCAGAGGUCAGCGGUGCUCCCGGAAGUAACCAGCAGGGUUUAUUGCCACUCUUCAGUAGCAGCAGUUUUAGUGGACAAGGAGAGCAACGAGGAUUUCGAAAUGGCUCCGCGAUUUGAACGUGACGACUACAAGAAGGACUCGUACCGUGGCGUGAAGCGCACGGGUACGGAAUUCAAGCGCAGUAACGGUCGUGACCGCGAUGGCGGUGGAUUCCGUGGUGGUGCAGGUGGAGGUGGUCGGUUCGGUAAUUCGUCCGGUGGUGGCCGUGAGAAGUGGUCAAUGGAGAGCAAGCAACUGCAGAAAAUUAACUGGAGCAAGAUGCAGUUGGCUCCAUUCAAAAAAGAUUUCUACCAUGAACAUCCGGCUAUCAGAAACCGCUCACAGCGGGAUGUUGAACGGUUUCACGAGAAGCACGACAUCACCAUAAUUGGCAAUUGCCCGAAGCCGAUCACCGAAUUCGACGAAAUUGACAUGCCGGACUAUGUGUUGAACGAAAUUGAAAAGCAGGGCUAUCAGAAGCCGACACCCAUUCAGGCCCAAGGAUGGCCAAUUGCUUUGAGUGGUUUGAACAUGGUCGGUGUAGCGAAAACCGGUUCCGGUAAAACGUUGGGUUACAUGCUGCCCGCUAUCAUCCAUAUUAAUCAUCAGAAGCCUGACCCGAGUAUCCGCGGUCCAUUAGUCCUUGUUCUGGCGCCGACUCGUGAGUUGGCCCAGCAGAUCCAACAGGUGGCGACCGAUUUUGGCUCGUCGUCGUACAUUCGCAACACUUGCUUAUUUGGAGGUUCCAGCAAGGGACCUCAAGCAGGGGAUCUUCGUCGGGGAGUUGAGAUCGUUAUAGCCACUCCCGGGCGUUUGAUUGAUUUUCUGGAAAGUGGAACCACAACGCUGCAACGCGUCACCUAUUUGGUGUUGGAUGAAGCCGAUCGUAUGUUGGACAUGGGUUUCGAGCCUCAGAUUCGCAAGAUUCUGGAGCAGAUCCGUCCGGAUCGGCAAAUUCUUAUGUGGUCUGCCACCUGGCCAAAAGAGGUACAACGCCUAGCCCGAGACUAUCUGGGCGAUUACGUGCAAAUUAACGUUGGAUCAUUGGAGCUGUCUGCUAAUCAUAAUAUUACUCAGCACGUGAAGGUCAUCGAGGAACACGAGAAGAAUGAUGAACUUGGAAAACUUUUAGACACCCUGUACGCUCGAGGCAACCCGGGCAAAAUUUUAGUUUUCACCACGACGAAGCGCAAGUGCGACCAAAUCUCCAACUAUUUGCGUCGCUUCGGACAAGAUUCGGUUGGCAUGCAUGGCGACAAAAGCCAGCAGGAACGCGAACGUGCAUUGAAUCGAUUCCGCAACUCCAAUAGCUGCAUCCUGGUAGCCACCGAUGUGGCCGCCCGUGGUCUCGACGUUGACGGCAUCAAAGUGGUCAUCAACUACGACUUUCCGCAACAGACAGAAGAUUAUGUACAUCGGAUCGGACGUACCGGUCGGUCUGAGUCAACCGGAGAGGCGUACACUUUCUUCACUUCUAACGAGCGAAAAAUGGCCAAGGAAUUGGUUGCGGUGCUGGAGGAAGCUAAGCAAACCAUUCCACCGGAAUUGCUGAAGUGGCGUCACAUUGGUGGCGGAGGAUUCAAUCGCUAUGGAGGAGGUGGUGGUGGAAACCGUUUUGGAACAUUCAAGAGUGGACGAGGAAAUGAUUUUGGACGGGGCGGAAAUGAUCGUUUCGACAAAGGGGGCCCUAAGCGCUCUUUCGGAGGGGGAAGCUAUGGAGGUUCGUCUAACGGAUACGGAGCCUCAUCCAAUGGCUAUGGAGGAGCUUCAUCGUCUACCGGCGGCUACGGAGGUGCGUCAUCAUCGAACGGAUACGGCUCUAGUGGUUUCCGGAACGGUGCAAGCAGUAGUAGUACAAAGCACAUCAAGUUUAACGACUAAGCUUGCCGUAGUAGUAUCUCUUACGCGAAUAUAGGUUUAACUUGUCGUCUAAUAUCUUCUAGCCACUAAGAUAUGUUCUGUUUAAUUUAAAAACAAAAAAAAAAACAAUCAGAACACAGGAGUAUUGCUUUUAGAGUUUUUUUUUUGCUUCGGCAAAAUAGUUGCGUUCAUUUUAUACACUAAUACACACAUUCUAGCUUGAUGUAGAAAAACACACUCACAAAAAAGAUAAAUUUUUGCCCUCCGAGAACAAGCGAGAAGUGAUGCAUCGAUAAUCCGGUAAGAUGAGAAAGAUGAAAGUUAGAAGAAAAAUAAACUUAAGAACUUUUUAUUACUGUGAUAUACCCACUCUUGUGUAUCACUUCGAAACCAAUCGGUUUUUUUUUUUUUCAUAUUAGUUUAUGUUUAUUAGUUUGAAAAGGUAAUCACCAUCAACCAAAAACGAAGAUAAUUGUAAUACAAUUUGUGAAGGUUUCGCAGUUUGGACCACCCGCCCCCUGAGCCGGUGACAUUCCCCCUAUGUAGUGAUUUGUACGCAGUUCCUCGAUGAGAGAGAAGAUAUCGAAAAAAAAGAAAAGUAAUAAACAAACCACUUUACAAUAAA